GAAAGAAGGAAAGCACCUGCAUAAUAAUCAGUCUAGCCCUGGCGCUAGCCUGUCGUGCUUUUCUCGAAGACCAUGGCAGACGAAUCUCCCAUCUUGGAAUAUGACUCAGGACACCAAGUGUCCAUACGAUUCAAGGCUUUCCAGCGAGUAUACCUUACAGUGUACUUGGCUGUCAUGGGCGCCGACUGGAUCCAAGGUCCUUAUCUUUAUAAACUCUAUCAGUCGUAUGGUCUAGCAUUGCCCGAGAUUGCUGUGUUGUUUCUCACCGGAUUCGUGAGUGGCGCAUUUGCUGGAACGGCCGUAGGCAGCAUGGCCGACAGUGUCGGCCGACGUCGUGUGUGUCUGGUCUUCUGUGCGGCUACCGUAGUGUCUUUGGUUUUGCGCCUGAUCAACAUGUACAUAUGCCUGUUUCUAUCCCACAUCAUGUCGGGUAUGUCCACGGCUCUAUUAUACAGUGUGUUUGAAGCAUGGUAUGUUUCGGAACAUACAUCAAGAGGAUUUCCUGCCGACUGGCGUGCACGCACUUUUGCUACGGCUACAUUUUUGAAUGGUUUGGUGGCGAUCUGCGCCGGUAUUGUUGCCAACGCUUUGGUCGAUAUCUGGAGUCUACGUGCUCCGUAUAUGGCAGCGAUGCUGCUGCUGGCCUUUGCAGCUGUGACGGUACAGGCGACAUGGAGCGAAAACUAUGGCGAAACACAGCAAAGGGUAAAGAUCGAUCAGCCAAACAUGCUUACCACGCUCAAGGAAGGAUGUAUUACUUUAUUUACAGACGGUAACAUUCUCGUACUCGGUGCGGCGCAAACCUUCUUUGAAUGCUCCAUGUACGUCUUUGUAUUAUUGUAUACUCCGGCAGUAGAAGCAAAUGCCGAAUCGUACUUACAAGACGAAAAUGGUCCGAAAGAAGUACCCUUUGGUUACCUAUUUGCGACUUUAAUGCUGGCUGUUAUGCUUGGAUCAUUGGCCUUCCAGGCUUUGGAACGUCAAGCGACCUCCUUCACCUCUAAAUUUGGACAGCAGAUCAAGACGAACAGGCUGCUAAUGCUGGCGUUAGGUCUGGCCAGUACGUCGUUUUGGAUCAUGGCUAUCUAUGGAGCGACAUCGCUGCCUUUAUUACUCCUUGCCUAUCACAUUUUUGAAUUCACCACCGGCAUGUACUACCCAUCUAUUUCGUCCUUGAAAGCCGAGGCUAUACCAGAAGAAACGCGAGCGUCUAUCAUGACUUUGCUGAGAAUUCCCAUGAAUCUCGGAGUGGGCAUCAUCUUGUGGCAGGUAAGCUUUUAUUUGCCUUUUUUUCCUUAGUAUACAAGGAGAUGAUUUUGACGAAAAUGCGCCACUUUACUCUUAGGUGGGCUCUCUAACUACCUCUUUCAUGUUUGCCAUCUGUGCCG